CCACCAGGUAAGUGAUUCAUAUUUUUAGGAGUACUUCUUCUUAUCACGAAAAGGUUGUCAUUCAAGCCUCACACGUAACGCUUUACAUGCUACAAACUUCACGUUGACCAGCGAGUGUAGUGCUACAGACUCGAGCAAAUGACUUGUGAUAAGACAGCUUUAGAUUCGAGGGAGCAAUAAUAGUGGAAGUUGUUUUUUCUUUGUAGUGCCUUAAACAUACAACUUUUCGCUUAUUUUCAAACAAGAUCGGCAAAUUGUUUCGCUGAAGAAAGCAAGAGCGAUAGUCAUGGAUAGUCAUAACAAAACCUUCUCGGAAAAACAUAGGCACGCACUAUGUACAUAUCAGGUUGAUUAUAAUAAAAAAAAGCUAAGCAAUAGCAGGAGUCUAUAAGCUUGAGUAAGGAACUCCCUUGUGCCCAUGCCAUAGCUUUUUCACAGUGCAGUUUAUUUUUAGAUAGAUUUUCCUGCAGAUUUUGAGUCUUAGUCUUUAGUCUUAGUGAGUGCAAAUCGUUCUGCAAAAUUGGUUUCCCCCGGUAUUUUUACAAAUUAGACUUGAAUGCGACAUUUUAUUGACAAAAGUAAAUAUUUGCAUUAACAACAUAAACUUAAAGCAAGGGGCACUCAUGAACCAACCCACAGCCUGGCUAGUACUUCACGCAUGCACACAGCCAUAUCACCCAGGCAGUGGCAGCCAUGGACAGCUGUUUCGCCCUUAUUGGGGUUCAUCAGCUGGGCCUAUGUAUGGACAAAGCUGUUUAGCAUAGGCCCUUUUCUCAAUCUGUAAUUGCACAGGUAACAUGGAGGUCAAGAGUUCCAAUCUCAUACAAGCAUGAAAGUUGUGUCUGUCAGUACGCUGACCUGCCUUACAUUUAAUUUGUUUUGUUUUUAAUAUCAAGUAUGGAGAAGGAGAAACCGGGAAAAGAGAAAUUUACUGUUAGACUAAAGCGUAAUGUGACAUCACUGCUCAAGAAAAGAAAGCGAUAUUCAACACAAAAUGCAAGGAAUAGAGAAAGUGCAAUCACUGACACUCAGCCAUCAAAAGAAAACAGUGAAGGUGAUGAGUUGAUGCUAAGCGUGGUACUUGAUGGUACUGAUAAGCAACACCAUGACACAAUCUCCCCUGAAGAAAAAGAUUCAGAAAAGGACAAAGGUAAGAACUCUACAGCAGAAAAUAUUGAAAACAAAUAGGCUCAGAAACUUAUUUUUAAUAUGCACAUUGCUUAGUACUUUUACAGAACUGUCUCCAUUAACUGUGUUAACCGGAUUUGUUUAAUCACUACAACAGCCUGCGAAAACAGCCAACAUUUGGCGACACUACUACUGGUUUCCCCACCAAAUGAUGUCUGAGAAACAAGUGCAGAAAUUCCAUACUGAUGACGCGUCACUACCCAGAUCUGGGUAGUGCUUUUGAUUGGUCGUGCCGUGCGGGAAAUUGAUUCAAGUGAUGCGUCAUCAGUAUGGAAUUUCUGCGCUCGUCUCUUAGACGUCAUUUGGUGGGGAAACCAGUGGUAGCAUCACCAAAUGUCAGCUGUUUCCUCACUACACUAAUAAUAAUGAAUAAACAUGAGAAAAAUUCUCAAAAAAGGCAAUUAGCCAAUGCAGUAAAAAGUACAGAAAAGAAGAAAUGAACAAAGCCUUUUGGUUGGUCAAUAAACAAUUGAAUCAAUACUGAUCAUAUCACCCCUCCUGUAUGUGCUUUUUGUUGUUGCCGUUAUAAAAUUGACACUAAAAGUCUUUCCAUAAGUAUCAGAAAAUAUUGUUUUAAGCGAAAGUAGCUGCAGCUGUAAAUCAAAGCUAAAACUACCUUGCUUUAUCAUUGUUUAUUGUUGCUAGUUUUGUGCUAUCAGUGCUAAAUAUUUUAACUUUUCUGUUUUAAAUUAAGUGAAUAUCGAUGUCUGCUUUACAUUUGACAAAUGCCAAAAUUUGACUUGCUCAUUGAAAAGCAUACAUCUAAGUUGAUUCAAACUUUCUUAAAAGUUCUCUUGGUUUCAAGAUCAUAACAAUUUAUUGUGUUGACAACAGCAUGGUCACAAAUGAUAAAUAAAAUGAUAAGCAUCCCCAUCUACAUUAAAAAAUGCUAUGAGUGCUAAUUGAAACAUUUACAUUAAAUAUUAUACUCCUGUAAAAAAAAAUUUAAAAAAAGAGCGAGUACAGAAUGAUUGUGUCUACAGGAACCUUGAGUAUCAUUACUUCUUAAUUUUGUCUUGUGUACAGUUGUUGAGAUCAGAAGUCUACAUGUUCAUUACAGUUUAUAAUAAGGAGAAACAUCAAAGAAAACAAAACAUUUUGACCCAUUGUAGCUUUGAUUUGUCUCAAGGGUUUAAUAAUGGAUUUUUUGUAAUUUCCUUGCUAGUUGGUGAAACAGCAGCUGGUGAUGAGAAGCUAUUGAAAGAUUUGCCCUCUGAAGGUUACCAAAAACUAGUAGAACAUUUACAACCAUUAUCAGCCACUGGAAGAGACUACAGGUCAUUAGCAGACAAAAUGGGAUACUCAAAUCAGUACAUUCAGUGGCUUGGAAGUACUGAUAAUCCUGUUAUGAACUUAUUAAGAAAAUUCCGGGAAAAUGACCGGAAAAUUUCAGAGAUGACAUCUUUGCUAAAAGAGAUGGAACGAAAUGAUGUGCUAGAGGACCUUCAGCCGUAUGUAGGUUAGUGUUAAAAUGCAGCUUAAAAGGUUGGGGUUAUUGUUUGUUUAACUGGAGGUCCCUGCAUCUCUACAAUGCACUCCUGCUUUGACAUAGAUUUGUAGGAAAACCAUUUUUAGACAUGUACUUGUGAUAAAAUUACAGUGGAACCCAGUUAACACGGAAACCAAGGGGACAUGCCUUAGUGUCCUUAUUAUCCGAGUGUUCAUAUUAAGCAGGCUCUCAGAAAAAAUGUUACAGAAGGUAGAAAUUUUUGCAAGGAAACACUGCCUUAUUUCUUAUCUGAAACUUUAACAAGUUCAUCCCAAAGAAACCUCAUGAUAAUUUAUCGUAAAAACUGCCUUUCAAGUACAUUGUGUGGUGCAUGUCUCUUGAAACACAACAAUGGAAUCUGUGACUUGACUUUGCACCAACGCUUUUAGUUUGUGGCUCAGCCAAAUGGACUUGACAUUAGACAGAAUGUUUGAAAAUUCAUUUGCUGUUUCUGCUAUUUUUUUUUCUUUAAGUGGUAAGUUAUUUAGUCAUAGACACUGCUGUUAAGCAAGGUUGUUGAUAUAUGGGAGUACAUGUAUGUGACACAGGACGUAGAAUAGUGUUCUUUGUUUAUAUUAACCAGUGCCCAUAUUAAGUAGGUUGAAAAAUGUUGUGUUCAGUCAAUUAUCCUUUGGUGAGUGUAGUCGUGUGCAAACUGCAUAGUCAUUUUUGUUGUUAUUUUGUUAUGUUCAUUCAGAUGCAACCCCUACAAAAUGUCAAAGAGAGAAACGUCAGCAAAGACGGGGUUUGUAUAAUAUUUUUUCUAACUUUUAUUACAUUCCAGUACCUACCUGCAUUGUCAAAUAAUAAGGCAUUUUGAAUUUCAUUCAGUCUGUUUUGCUUAUCCUUUCAUACGGAAAUGAGUUUUUAUCCAUGAACAAAUAUAACUCAUUUUCUUAAGAAUGACUGGGUGAAAGGCCUCAUUUUUAAAGAGGUUCAGAACAAUAAUAAUGAUUCGGAAAUGAGCUAUAUUUUGUUUGCGGAGGUCUCUUUUUAUAGUGGCAAAUGCAGAAUUUAUUUUACAGUAAAAUUUAUGUACUUAACGAAAUGAUAGAUUCCACGUUGCCGUGUGUCUGUUCAGUAAUAGAUCACAGAUGACGUCAUAAUGUGAUGAAAACAAAGAAGUGGCGGACAAGCCGCAGGCAAGUGUGUCACUGAUGUUUUUACCACAUUUUUUACAUCCUCUGUGAUCUAUUACUGAAGAGACCCACGGCAACAUGGAAUUUAUUAAUUUUGUUUUAUACAAUGAUCAGGAAAAAUAAGACUGAUACACAUACCUGCCUCAUACCGCUUGACUGUUCAUAGAUUUGUGCUAGUUUAGGCAAGACAGCGAACUCAUCUCUCAUAGCAAUGACACACGAUGGCAACUGUUGUAAAGAUUUCUUCAAUUUUAGGCAUUCUUAAGUUGUGAAGAGCUCUUUUUCUCUCCUUUUCUCCAUUUUUCUUCUUUGUAAAUAGCUCUUGCAAAGUUUUUUCGAGGCUUUCACUUGCCCUUAAUCCGAAACCGCAUGAUAUGUUGAACAAAACAAAGAAAACAAGUUUCCUGUGAUGUCAUGCAUGUAUCUGUACUCCAAUAGAUCAUGAGUAACGACCAAUCACAGCACACCUAGCAUUCACAUCAUUGUAUAAACUGAAAUAGAUUUCCAAACAGCAAAGACUGCUCUGUAAUUGUUUAUUUUUAAGACUGGUCAUAUUACACACGUUGUAGAUCUGAUAUCAAGUCACACUGAUGGUUUCUGAAAUCUGUAGUUUUACAUAACGUAUGCUAAGAAUACAUAAAAUUUUUUCCUGAUACAUACUGUGUGAUACAAUGUAUCACACAGUAUGUCAUUGUCAUUGUCUUGUUUCUACUUUUACUCUAAGUUAUAAUACAUUAUAUUUCUUGAAUUAAAAUGUUGCAAACUACUCACAAGCCUUUUGUUUCAUUUUUCUUGCAGAGGAGAUUGAGGGGUUACAAACAAGUAAGUAUAUUUAACAUCUUUUGCAGUUAUUUUUUUGUGAUGAAAUUGUUACAGCUAGACAACUCAGAGUAUUAAGACGGAAAGACAGGCAAUUUCAAUUUUUAGUGGACAAAAACCUUGUAGCAGAAUAUUUAAACAAUAUCGCAUUGUGUUGUGCAAUUUUUAUGGGCUGUAGAUAUAAUAAUUAAUUACCUGUAAUAACACCAUUUUCUCAUGGGAGCCCGAGAAAAUAGAAGAAUAAUGUGAAAACAGAGGUAAAAUUCUGAAAAUUUCGUGUGUAAGGUGUCAUCUUGUGAAAAUUGACAUUUAUUUUCUCGGGCUCUCAUAAGAAAUUUUCUUUGGUGUUAUUACAGACAACUAGUUACAUUUAUAGCCCUUGCAAAAUGUUAAAAAGAAUGCGAUAUUGCAUGGGGAACCCGAAUGCUGUAUUAAUUUUGCUAACAAAAUAAUAAAAGGUAUUUACUUUUGGUCCUUUGUCUUUAUGAGUCGUUUUGGAAGGGCUUUGAAUCCGAUCAGAGAUGGUUAACAUUGCUGGGAAUGCGUUUCCUUGUGUGGCAUGUUGUAAAUAAGGCGCUCAAGUUUUGUCUCACGUUUCUAAUGUUGUUAACUAUUAACUCUCCACUAACGGCCAUGAGAAGAGACAACGGAUGAAACUUAAAUGAGGGCACUUUUAUUUUGAGGUGUAAUUACCUUGUUAAUAAAUCACACACCUCAAUUGAUUAAAGGUUCAAUAAUUAUACAGGGUUGUUGGUUUCGUAUGUUUUGAUGCCUGUUCUUCUGCUUAGAUUUGCGUUGUUUUUAGAGGCUACUUUUGGUCCGAUAUGUGACUACACUUGACGUGACCGGAAGUAAGUUUGCCAGAUCAGACAUGUGUUUUGUUAAGAUGAUUAUAUUGUUCUCGCGAUGGUCUCUUGCUUUUAUGCGACAGCUGGAUGUGUCGGAAAACGAAAACAUAUCAUUAUACCACGCUGAAUCACGCAGGAUAAAAGUUAUGCGACACCCAUUUUGGAGUAUCUUUGAACGGCUGUUAGAGUGGAAAUUUAUAUUUUAAAGUUAGAAAUCAAUUUGAUGUAGAUGAUAAGUUAAAAAUAUUUACUGCUUUUAUUUCCAAUGAUAGUGAUGAGGAUCGUAAACUGAGCAAUCUCUUUGUAAAAAAUUGCUUUGAUUUUAAUAAUAAUUCUAUUGUUUUGUAUCUGGAAAGCAACUGAGGAAAAAAUAUAAUUCGACUCACUGGAAAACAGCAUUGAAAUUACCACGAACAGGAGAUUCAUUCACGUCGCCUGUUGCAGAAAUCGCAGACAAAGGCUGCUGUGCAUCGGAUCGAGUUUCCUCGCGCAUUUCCACGCACGAGACUGGUCAGGUCAACUGGAGUCACAGAUCAUACGAAGACCACUGCAGAGUUUCAUCCCUUGUCUCUUUUCUCUUCUCGUGGCUGUUAAAUUGAAACCCGAGAUCAUCUCCCACGGAGAUCGAGAGUUAAUAGUUACCGUAAAAUUCUGAAAGUAAGCCCCUCCAAAAUUAUAUAAGCCCCCCAAAAUCGUAACUCAAAAAACCCUCCGUUAAAUCGCCCCUCCGAAUAUAAGCCCCCCGGGGGGCUUGUUCUUGGAAUUUGCCCUCGAAUACAAAGUAGAACAAAGCAAAAAUGGUAAAUUUCCUUCCCACUGCAAGCUACCCCAAUCGAUUUUCAAACGCAAAUUUCCCUCCGUAGAUAAGCCCCUCCAAAAAUAAGCCCCUCAAAAAGGGCCUUUGAAAAAUAUAAGCUCCGGGGCUUAUUUUCGGAAUUUUACGGUUUUAACAUGACAAUAUUAGAAACGUGAGACGAAACUUGCGUGUCUUAUUAUUUUACAACAUGCCAGACAUGCCAAUGCAUUCCCAGCAAUGUUACCUGUCUCUGAUCGGAUUCAAAUCCCUUCCAAAACGACUCAUAAAGACAAAGGAACAAAGGUAAAUAUCUUUGAUUAUUUUAUUAGCAAAUACAGCGUUCGGGUUCCCUGUGCAAUAUCGCAUUCUUUUUUACCUUUUUCAAGGGCUAUACAUGUAAUUAGUUAUCUGUAAUAACACCAAAGAGCAAUUUGUGCUGGUGGUGAGCUCUUUUUCAGCUGGUGAAAUUAGCAGGCAUUUGUCUCUUUGUGACAUCCCUGCUUCACCUCUUCAAAAUGUCUGAUGUUUUUUACAGCCCUGUCAUGAAUGACACAGUUUUUGCUUAAAUAACUGUUGGAUUAUUGGGAUUUCACAAAGCAAUCAUUCCUAGUUAACGUUUUUUGCAGCUUGUCUCAGGCAGCUCAUGAGGAUCACCAUCCUACAUGUUUUUUGUUUUAGUUUAAGCUUGUCUUGCCGUGGUCAUAAAAGUUGUCUGAAGCAUUAAUAUUUAUUCUUUGCUUGCAGUUCAUGAUUCAUACGAUGCAUUUCUUUGCUUUGCAAAUACUGCCAAAAAGGACAGUGAAUUCGUGGAAGAACUGCUUAAAAAAAUGGAGAGCCCACCUUAUAACUUACGGCUAUGUUUUAGUGAGCGUGACUUCCUUGGUGGUGGUUGUUACCUUCAAACUGCUGCAGUAGCCAUCGAGAAACGAUGCCGAAAGUUUGUAGCUGUGCUGUCAAGCAAUUUUGAUGACAGUGAAGGAGCAAUCUAUGAAUCUCACAUUGCUAUGAGUCUCUCACCAGGUUAGAUAAAAAUGGCAGCUUGGGAGACAAUGGAGGGGUAGGCAGGGUUUAUAUUAGCAGCAGUCUUUUUCUUUCUUCUUUUCUUUUUUUUUUCUUUCCAAUUUUUUUUUUUUGCAAUAUUACAGGGUGUAAAGAAAGUCAGUUUUACAGCCUGCCAUUCGGGCAAGUUGUAGCUAGCAUGCACUAGCCCACAAGUCAUUUUAACUAGCCCCAAAACCCUUUUUGAUCAGCAGUAUUGAUUACAAUCCUUCUGUAAUUUGAAUUUCCCUAAAAAAACAGCACUGGCCUAUCAGGCAAGUUAAGAACAAAUAUCACUAGCCCAAUAGCAAAAUCCACUAGCCCCAGGCUAUCAGACACGAUUUUCUUUGCAGACAGCAUUAACUGGCAAUAUUUUAAUAUUUAUAAGACUUUUUGUGUUAUAGUUUUCAUUGAUCUAAUGCCGAAAACAAAGGUUGAGCCUCUUAAGACAACUACAUGUAGUCUAUGAGAUAACUCAUUGCCACUCUUGAAUCAAAACCGUGCAAACUAUCUGAUGUACAAAAAACAACGAAAAGUCAAGUGAUAUUGUUCGACCAUAAACCACAUCAUUUCUUGAUUAAGUUAAUUUAGAGUUAGCAGUUUCAAGGUAACAAUGUGAUAUAACCAUUGUCCUCUCUCUUGUAGGGGCACAAGAGCGACGCUUCAUCCCCAUCCUGAUUGAAGAUGCAUAUCGAUUCAAAAUUCCACUGACAAUACAGCAUCUUACUUAUCUUGAUUAUAUCAGAGAAGAGGAAUCAAACUUCUGGUACAGAUUAGCCUGUUCACUGGGUUGGAGAAGAAACUGACUUUUCAUUCUUACUAGCUGAGAAAGCAUCAAAGUGUAAAAUGGUUUUUCGACUCUUUUUU